UAGGUUUAAUUGAGUCCAAUCAGGCGGUUCAGCUGCAGCUGUCGUAUGAACAGUCGGCAGGGUUUAUCAGAGAGAUUCUGAGAGAGUGAGAGGGAACAAACCUGUGAAACAUCCAACCAUGACCUUACAGCUUAAAACCAAAGCUCGGCUAUUUGACCUGCACUGCUCUGUCGGCCUGACGGACUGGGACAUGGACAAGGAGCUGAAACUGGCAACAACCUCAGACCAGUUUUACCACGAUGACAAACUGAAUGAUCAGUACGUGGUCCAGAGACCGUCUGCAAGAGCCUCGAGAAGAAAAGAUGAAUUCAUUUGUUACUGUUAUUUUUCUUCUUGGUCUUCCGUAUUUCCUCUUCUUGUUCUUAAACUCCAUACAGAGUCAGACACGUUUGUGAAGCCAAACCUGUGGCUGUUGGUUAAUCCCAACAUCGCCUGCCCGAUCCAAUACGGAAAAAAAACAGCAGCUGAUCUGCAGACUCUGUGUGACCCUGCAGAGGAAAUCCCAACACCUCGACUGGACCCUGCUGACACCCGACGUCAGCUUAACUCAGACCUCCACAUGUUUGCCGACCAUGAUGCUCACUCUGUUUCCUCCUCCACUGAGUACAUGAUUAACAAUGAAGACGUCUCCUGUCAACCAGCUAAGAACAGACGCAAAGGACGGACCGCGAAGGCCAGGUGGACCCUGAAGCCAGGUUGCUGGCCUCGUCCACCAGUGAACUAUUGCAUCCUCAUCGCCUUGGCGCUGAAGAGCAGCCAUACUGGGAGCCUCAAAGUCCAGCAGAUUUACCAUUUCACCAGAGAGCACUUCCCGUUCUUUCAGACAGCUCCAGAUGGCUGGAAGAACACCAUCCGACACAACCUUUGCUUCAACAACAGCUUCCGCAAAACCUGCAACCAGCUGUGCGGAGAUGGCAAGAGGAAAUCUUGUUUUUGGCACCUGACUCUGGACGGCCAACGCCGGCUGAAAGACGAGAUCCGGACAUUGACAGGAGAAUCCUUCAAGCAGCUGGAGAGAAGCAUGUCCCACCCAGAUAUAAUUCGGACUCUGCUUGCACUGUGAUUGAUGUUGUGAAAAGUAUCAGUAUCAGUUUAAAUCUAUGCAUAAUAAAACUUUAUAUGCAGAAA